AUGCGCCAAUUCGAGAAUGUUUCCAUAUCGCAAUGGGCGAACCCGUAUGCGAGCGGCGGCACCAACACCGGGAAGAACUUCUAUGCUACAGCGACUACACCGAAGCCCCAACAACCCGUCUAUCGUCGAGUAGUCCCACCUACACCAGUAUUCUCAUAUACGCAAGUAGUUGAUGAGAAGAGCAGCAAUGCCGAACAAGCAGAUCCAGAGAAUGUUCCGGCUGCUCCAGCUGCUCCGGAGGAAACGCCAGCAGCAGAGGUCACACCUGAAGAAGCCGCACCACCGGCUACAUCAGAAGCACCUCCGGCAGAAGAGCCAUCAGCGGAAGUAGAAGCACCUGCGGCAAUAACCCCAGCAGAACCAACACCAGAAGAUCCAUCAACCCAGCCAGCAGAGGCACCAUCAAGUAGUGGGGACGACGUUGUGGCAGCUGAAGUUGUGACCGAGGAUGUCAAAGACGAGCCUCCAGGACCGAGCGAUGCCGCGAAUGUUGACGUACUGCCGCCUCCACCACCACCCCCAGCACCGGUAGAGGCACCACCUGCAGAACCCGAAGCAGCAGCACCUCCAGCACCGUCAGCACCAGAAGUUCUGCCAGUACCUCCCAGUGAGCCUGCACCCCCUAUACCCCCUGCCCCACCAGCGCCACCGGCGGAUGCAACACCGGAGCCAGUAGUCGUAGAGAGUGAGAAAAGUGGUGAGUCCGAGCAGGCCGCUCAAGAGCCUCCGAAAUCCCCAACCGAGAAGUUUGUCCAUUUUGCCUCUGACACCAAAGACCCAGACGCCGCAAGCAUAGGCAAAAGGAAGAAACAGUGGGGGAAUGGUAAAGGCAAGCCCACCGCGUUCAUCCGCCCCAGAAAGCCAUCGACAUCCAUUCCACCUCCUUCGCCACCGAAAGAGGAGAAGAAGAAGGUCUUCGUUCCGAUCGGCAUUAUCAAGAAGGAGCGAAGGGGUUCAUUGCUCUCGGCAUUGGCCAGUGAGAAGGUGAUGACCAGCAAGUCAAGAGGGAAGAAGUCUAGCAACGAUGGCAGCGGUGACGACAGGUCGACAGUAAUCACCGAUGGAGAUGCCCCCUCUUCAGACGUCUCCGAAAGCGUCAUCAUCGAGGAACCUACCGAAGACGCUUCAGGGUCGAUCGUAAGCGAGACCGUACCGCCCCCGCCGCCACCGACCGAUGAUCCACCUGCGGUAGACGAGGCCGCUGUCAGCGAGGAUGUAGUGGAGGAACAAGACGAGGCAGUCGUGGACAGUCCUCCGAUCGAGGAGCCAGCUCCCGCCGCUCCCGAGCCAGCAGCUGAAGCUGAGCCAUCACCGGUAGAUGCGUCUGCGGAAUCUGCUGAGCCACCACAAUCCGACAAUCCUGCUCCUGUCGAAGAAGCUCCAGCUGCUGAUACCACAGCAGAGGAGACUACUCCAGCCGAUCCAGUCACAGAAGACACUCCUCCCCCUCCAGUCGAGCCGACCGCAGAAACAGCUUCAGAAGCUCCUGCCCCAGAACCGCCCGCGGAAUCUCCAGCCGAUGAACCACAGCCAUCGAGCGAAGAGGUACCAGAGCAGGAACAAGCUACGGCAGAAAGUGCGGAUGCGGUUGAGGCCGACGCAGCACCUUCAGAGGAGGCAAAGCCAGUUGAGGCAGACGCCCCUGUCGAAGAAACAGCAGCUCCUGUGGAAGAGCCUUCUGUUGCGGAAGAGGAAGCAGCACCGCCGGCAGCCGAAGAGGAACCUGCUGUUGAGGAAGCUGGUAGCUCAGAAGAGCCGCCGGCAGCCGUGGAGGAUUCUCCUGCUGUUGAAGAACCAGUUUCUACUGCUGAAGAGCCAGUCCCCGCUUCUGGAGAGACGCCUGCUGUCGAAGAGGCACCUGCCGUCGAAGAGGCAUCUGCCGUCGAAGAGACUCCGGCCGAAGAGGUAACUCCUGCCGAGGAGGCAGCUCCUGCUGAAGAGGCACCUGCUGUCGAAGAAGCGCCUGCUGUCGAAGAAGCGCCUGCUGUCGAAGAAGCGCCUGCUGUCGAAGAAGCGCCUGCUGUCGAAGAAGCGCCUGCUGUCGAAGAGGCACCUCCUCUUGAGGAACAACCGGCCGUUGUGGAUGCAGAAACACCCGCUGCUGAAGACACCCCUGCUGCUGAAGAGUCACCCACUGCUGAAGAGACACCCGCUGCUGAAGAGACACCCGCUGCUGAUGAUGCUCCAGCCGUGGAAGACGCAGUUGAUGCCGAGCCUGCACCCCCUGCUGAAGAGACAGCUGCGCCUGAGGAAGCACCUUCCACCGAAGAGACAGCUAGCGCCACCCAAGAAGCUCCCGAAGUUGACGCCACGCCCGAGGCACCCGCCACCGAGGAGACAGCGCCAUCUGAAGGCGUCCCAGCCGCCGAAGAUACGCCUGUUGGUGAAGAUACAUCGACUGUCGGGGAUUCUUCUCCUGUCGAAGAAGCACCAGAGACAGAGGAUACACCUGUUACCGAGGAGCCCGCCCAGGUUGAGGCUGCACCCGUUGUCGACGAAACGCCAUCUACCGAGGAACCGCCUAUCGUCGAAGACGUCUCUACUGCCGAGGAGCCAGCUCCGCCGGUAGAACCGCCAGUUGAUGAACAAACACCCGUGGUCGAGGGAACCCCAGCUGUCGAGCCUGUUCCUACUGAAGUUGCUGAGGAUGCCGCCGAACCAGAGUCAGAAGCAAGCGUUGCUCAAGAAGAACCAUCACCGGAUGAGAAGCAAGACAUCGAAACGUCUAGUCCCGAAGUCGAGGAAGCUCGAGCAUGGACUUCAGCAGCGCCGGCAGACGUCGCUGUCGUGGCUUCAAUACUUGCAGCUGAGGCAAAGGCCAAUGCAGCUGCAGAAGAGGCUGAUGCACCUGAGUUCUCACCUGUUCAAGAUCCUGCUCCGGAGUCUUCUGAUACUGCAGAAGCUGCGGAUUCUGCGCCAGUCCCAUCUAGCGACUCACCGCCAACCGAGAGCGAAGAUAAGCCUGUAGUUGCAGAUGUCAAAUCGCCUGAAAGUACUGAGCCGGUCGUGGAUGUAGCUGAGCCAAACGAGGCUAGCGCUGAUCCCACAGAUGAGCCCCAAGCUGACUCGACAGCGGAAGCCUCAGAAGCAACGGACGCACCCGAACCAGCUCCCGCCGACGAAGCUAUCGAGCCAGCCGCCGGUGAAUGUGACAGUGAGCCGACAGCUGCACAAGACGAGACCAUCCCCUCCACCGAGGAGCUAGAAGCUGCGUCGACACCAGAAGAGACAGACACACAAACGACGGAAGUCACGCCUGAUGUAACACCAGAGGAGCCUACUGCAUCGGCACAAGACACUGCUGAUAUGGCACCCAUCGAAGUUGCUACAAUGGAAGCCGAGGCGAGCGACGAAGAACUGCCAACCGCCGACACCAUGCAGGACAUCUCCGAUUGGGAGAAAGACGACGACGAUGUUUCCGACAUGGGAAUCUCGGACUGGGAGAAGGAUGACGAUGCCUCUUCACAGCCCGGCGAGAGCGAGACCAACCCUUCCGAGCAUCAAGACUUCGAUCAAGAGAGUAUCGCACACGACUCAUCGGAGCCUGUACAUGAGGAUGAGAAGUCACCAGACCAGGACAAGCCCGAGACUGAACAGGUCGUUCAGCCGUCUGACACCGCAACCUCUGCUCCGGUUGCCGAUAGCGUCGAUGAAGUUGCCGUCGUCUCAGUCGAUGUCAACGAGGAUGAGCCUACAAAGGACGAUACGUCCGCGGCCGUACCAGAGGUCGUCGAACAGAACGAUGCCUCAACCUCUGAAACAUCGCCAGAACCAUCCGAGCCACAAGAGACUGGCGACUCAGCUGAUGCUUCCGCGGACGAUCAGACGCUUGAGACACGUAUUGAUGAAAGCACUGAAGAGGCACAGCUUGCAGCUGGCGAUGCACCUGCAGCUCAAGAACCCGCCCCGGAGGUGAGCCAGCCAGCAGCUCCAGAGGAGAAUACCAUCACCGAUGCGAGCACAGACGCACAAGACGAUGCGAGUGCACACGAAUCGCCAGUCGACGAGUCGGAGCCGGCGGUGAGUAGCGAGGCUGCCAAGGACAGCGAGCAAGUCAUAGUCUCGGCUACACCCGAUGACGUGGAGAAUCCAGAUUCAUGCACAGCUGAGACUGAAGCACCUUUACCCAAACUCGACGACAAUACCGACGAAACAUGCGCAAGCAUCCCAGCUGACGCGACAAGCGAAGUCAGCCCAGACCCUGUCUCGAGAGAGGCUGACAUUGAGACGCCAAUUGAAAACCCCACGGUCGAAGAAAAGCAGACCGAAUACGCCGCGGGCGAUCCAGUUGUUCUUCAAGAUAUUUCCGAACAAAUCGACCAUGAUGUUGUAGCUGCCAACGUUGCGCUAGCUGAAGCCGAGCCCGACUCUGCACCAGACAUGCCGGCCAAAAAGGUGCCGCAAGUGGUCCAUGAGGACGUAGGGCCCGAUGAGGAGCCACAGCAUUCGGAGGUUUCCAGCGGUGCCAACACAGGACCGGAGCCAGAUGAUGAACCAGUAGAAGAGCAGGGAUCCGAUGCGGGGAGCGAAUCUGGGUCGGAGUCCGAGGAUGAUGACUGGUCUGGAUCUGAGGUGUCUGCCGCACCCGCUGCCUCUGAAGUUCCCCAGGCCGACGACGCGCCUGACUCAGCAACCGCUGAAGAUGAAACAACGAAUGCCGAAGAGGUACCGCCGAGUGAUGUCGCUGAUGUCACUGCUGCUGAGCCUGAAGAGCCGGAGGAACAUCACUCAAUCCUAGACGACGAUGCCGGUUCCGACGACGAUGCUGCUUCGGGGCUCUCUUCGAAUUCUCAAGAAGAGCCAGAGAGCUCCAUGGUAGCGGACGAUGCUGCCGAGCCCGACGAGCCAGAAGCUUCCGAGAGUCCGGAGUCACCUGCCGAAUCGGCCGCGAUCACAGAGGCGCAUCCAGGUCUAUCACUCGAAGUCAAUGUCGCAACGUCUGAGAUCGUGCCGGCUGCAGAGUCUCCAGCAUCAGAGGUCGAAGAUUCGUCUGAUCCUGCGCUCGAAGCAGUCGAGGAGGAGCAAGGAGAUGACGAGAACGAUGUCAGUGCUAUCACUCAAGAAGACUCUGCGAACGACGAUUCACUAGUUUCGUCACAAGAUUCUGCUGAGCCUGAAGAAGAGACCGCAGCAGCUACCGAGGUGUCGGAGCCGGCGGAUGCAUCCCAACCAGAAGAGGAAGUCCCCCAGGAAGACGAGGGUGACGAUGCUUCUCAGGUCAGCGAAUCUGGCAGCGAGAGUGAGGCUGGAGAGUCCGUUGCACCGCCGGAGGACCCUGCUGAGGCCGAUGACGACGCUGCGCCGACCACAGUUGAUGGGGAGGAGCUAGACACCGCUGCACCGCUUACCGAAGACCCAUCGACCGACGGGAUCGAGAACCAGGCAUCCGAAGUGGGAGAUGCAUCUGUGGUCGAGCAAGAGACGGAAGAGCCUGCUGAAUCAGAGACGCCUGAGUCAGUCGCAGCAGAACCGGAACCGGAAGCAGAAGCGGAAGCUGUUGAGCAAGACGCGGAUGCAGCUGCAGAUGAGCCAGAGGAACCACCGGCUGAGGAGACUGCGGACCCCGAAGAACCGGUGGCGACGCCGGAUGGAGCAGCCGAUGAGGGCCCUGAUGCGGCUCAGGAAGACGAAUCUGCUGCGGCUGAUGCCGACCCUUCACUUGUUGCAGAGGCGGAAGAGAUCGAGCCUGCACCACCUGCUGAAGAGUCACCAGAGCCACCUAGUGAGGAUAGCCAAUCGAACGACGGAUCUGGGGCCACCGGAGAAGCAGAUGAGCCAUCAGUGGUUGAAGCCAGCGAAGCGAAUGACGACGGUGCUGAAGAUGCUCCACCUGCGUCAGAGCCAGUCCCCGAAGAGGACGCACCGCCUGAAGAGGCUGCUGUGGAGGUGGAAGAAGCGCCUGCUGAAGCCGCCGAGCCUGUGGUAGAGGGCGGUGAUGUUGAAGAAGCCGCGGCAGACGAAGCCCCGGAGGAAGCAACGAAUGAAGAGGAGCCGGCAUCGUCGCCUGAUGUCGAGCUCGAGGAAGAACAGGUACAAGCACCACCGGAAGCCCCCGAGGAAGAACAGCCAGAACCCGAAUCACCAGCUGCUGUCGAUGAGCCCGAGCCGCCGACUGAACCCGUUUCUGAAGAACCGGAAGUACCAGCUGAGGCGACCCCAGAACCAACGCAGGAACCCGAGGAACCCGCUUCAGUAGCGGCGGAUGCACCCGCUGAUGAAAUCCCCGAAGACCAGGAUGUCGAGGAGUCGGUACCAGCCCCCGAAGUGGAGGCAGAAGAGGUCGUAGCCGAGGUGCCCAAUGAAGAGAGUCCCGAACCCCAGCAGGCCGAGGACGAUGCACCGGCAGACCGGUCCCUCGAAGUUGACGAAGUUCCAAGCACACCUUCGCCUCUACCCUCUGUAGCUGCUGUUGCUGCUGCUGGGAUUACUGGUGCCGCCGCUGCUGCAUUAGUCGCUCAUACCGUUGAUGACCGUGCGGACAGGGAGCGCGACUUUGCAGUUGAGGACGAAACGUCAGCCGAUACACCCAGUCGUGAGAAGACCCGUCGCCGACAUUCGCACACCCGUCGUGAAAGCCAGCACCGGCCAAGCCGCAGACGCGAAAGUGGCGCUAGCAUUAUGGACCGACCAAUAAUGCCAGCCUCUGCCGUUCCUGAUGCGCCAAGAACAAGGCGUCGCGAUAGCAUGACAGAGCGCGAAGCGGCCGAGCGCAGAAGGGCCAAAUUGCGCGAGGUUGAGAUAGCCAGUAGUGGUAGCGACAUACAGAAGGCGUACCCGGAUCCGUACCGCUCGCACUACCGAGAACCCAGGGGUGAGGAGAGAUACAGCAAGCGACGCCCCGUCGAGGAGGUUGACGAAGAAGCCGACAGACAGAAGCGACGCGAAGCCCGGAGGGCCGAGAGAGCUGAGAAGGAGCGACUUGCCGCCGCAGACGCUGCCCGCCUGAAGGCAGAAGAGGAGGCGAGAAAGCUGGAGCAUCGGGAACGACGCCGAGCAGUCAGGCGUGCCGAAGAAGAGCUCAUGAGGGCCAUGGAGGAACGCAAGAAGCUCAAAGAAGAGCAAAAGCUCGCCCAGGAAGAAGAGGAGCGACGCAUACGACACGAGAAGAGGAGACAACGACAUGAGGCUGAAAAGGAAGCGAAGCGCCUGGAACAGGAGAAGAUUGAGCAGGCGGCGCGCGAAGAAGAAGAAGCUAGGAAACUACGACGUCAGAGGAGGGCGGAGCGAGAAGCAGCCAAAGCAGCUGCCUUGCUGCAACCAAAGGAAGAGCUCAUUGAUGUUUCUCGCGAUGCUGCUCGCCGAGCAGCAGAGGAAGACGAUGAUGGCGCUUCUCCUCCACCCCCGCUACCACCAGUAGUCGACGACACCCCGCCUCGUAGUGCGCCGCGCAGGCGUUUGAGUACCCGAGAGACCCCACCGAACGUGAAGCGUGGUAGUCUCUUCGGUGGCAUCUUUGGCCGCUCAAAGCCCGAAGCGACACCACCGGCUGCGAAACCUUCAAGAUCGUCUCGUGCCCGUGCCAACACGCUAGAGGCUACACCUGUCAAGUCAUCGCGAAGAGAACCGGAGAUGGAACGACCUUCGAGCCGAGAUAUGUCAUCGGACCAGAGCCGUGAACGUCCAGAACGCAUGCGCCGGAGUCGACGUCUUUCACACAGUCAACGCCGCUUUGCCUCUGCUGAGGAGGAGGCCGAUUACUACAGGUGGAAAGAGGAGCGACGUUUCAUGCGUCGUCCUGAACACGAGAUGUCUGGUGGACGGGAUGGAGGGGUUUCUCUUCCACCGCCACCUCCGCCGCCUGAGGAUCUCCCGCCGCCGCCACCAGAGCCUUUCGAAUACGAGCCAGAGCCGGAACCCAUCGAGACAAUUGAAUCACCGGUAAUCGAGGACGCAGCUGCGGUUGUCGGCGAGGUCUCCAUCUCAGACGAGGAAAGACGCGAGCGUCGUCGAAGCAGGCGUAUGUCCAAACCGGAAGAACGUCCCAAGACACGCCGUAUCUCCGUUGUUGAGAAAGAACGGCCAUCUGGUGGUCGUCGAGUGGAGUCGGAUCGGCCCCGCGCACGAGACCAUGGUGAAGACCGUCCCAGGCCCAGGCGCGGCGAGACCGACCGACGCGACAGGAGGAAGAAGAAAGAAGAGUCCAGUGGUCUCAAAGGACUCUUCGGAGGGUUGAAGAGGCGAAUCACUUGA